GACCAGUGUGGAUACAGGACAUCAGUGGCUGUGUGUUUUUUCCCCUUCUUUAUCUUCUUCUUCCUCUUCUUCCUCUUCUUCUUCAUGGAAUUAAAAAGCUGCUCAGAUCCUGUUACCGGGAUGAAAAACUCUGAAGUGGAGUUUAAAUGAAGUCCGGGCUCCUGUUUUAACCAGUUCCUCCUGAGUCUACCUGAGGGUUAAAGAUGAGAAGUUUGCUCUUGGUCACCUUGUGUUUCUCGACGUGUCUGCUCCUGGUUGACAGCCGCCAUCCCACCUGUAACUUCAUGCUGGAGGUGGAGAGAGACCAGGUGGAGUGUCUGCGGCGGCUGAGGGAGGAGGAGGAGGAGGCUGCCAGCAGCCUUAAAGAGCCGGGUUGCAGAGGAAGAUGGGACAACAUAGCGUGCUGGGAGCGAGCUGAAAUCGGAGACACUGUCACCAUCCCCUGUCCUCGAGCCCUCAAGACGUUGUUCGACAGAAACGGUAACAUUAGCAGGAACUGCACUUCAGCGGGAUGGUCGGACAUAUUCCCAAACAUCAGCAGCGUGUGCGAGUCAGACACAAGCCAGGACAAGCUGGUCUUCUACGUGGUCGUGCAGACGUUAUACACUCUGGGUCACAGUCUGUCUUUGAUCGCCCUCACCACAGGGAGCGCCAUCCUCUGUCUGUUCCGGAAGCUCCACUGCACCAGGAACUACAUCCACCUCAACCUCUUCUUCUCCUUCAUCCUGAGAGCCGUGGCCGUGCUGGUGAAGGACGACAUCCUCUUCAACCGGACCUCGCAGUGCUCCAACCAGCCGUCACUGGUGGGAUGUAAAGCCAGCCUAGUAUUUUUCCAGUACUUCAUCAUGGCCAACUUCUUCUGGCUGCUGGUGGAGGGUCUGUACCUCCACACCCUGCUCGUCGUCAUCUUCUCUGAGAACAGACACUUCAUCGUCUACAUGUUCAUCGGCUGGGGAAUCCCCACUGUGUUCGUCUUUGCGUGGGUGAUGACAAGGAUCUAUCUGGAAGACACCGGAUGCUGGGAGAGAAAUGACAACCACAUACCCAACUGGGUGAUCAAUGGACCUAUUGGAUUCUCCAUUAUGGUGAACUUCAUCCUGUUCAUCAGCAUCAUUCGGAUCUUGGUUCAGAAGCUGAGGUGUCCGGAUGUGGGCGGCAACGACCAAUCACAAUACAGGAGGUUGGCCAAAUCCACUCUCCUGUUGAUCCCUCUGUUUGGGAUACACUACGUGGUCUUCGUCUCUCUCAGUGAAUCCAUCGCAGAAGAUUAUAAAAUAUUUUUUGACCUGGCCCUCGGAUCUUUUCAGGGUCUGGUGGUGGCCAUCCUCUACUGUUUCCUUAACAGUGAGGUUCAGGGCGAGCUCAAGAGAAAGUGGCGGAGCAUGUAUCUGAACUGCCGUCUGGGCAGAGAUCACCACUUCAACAGCACCUUCGCCUCCAGGAACGGCUCAGACCACAUGGUGCAGUUUCACCGCAACUCCAGGACCCAGUCCAUCCUGCAGUCAGAGACCACAGUGCUGUGAGGACCGGGGGGGGGGGGUAGGAUCCUGGAAAUAACAACUGAUGCAGUCUCUAAGUUGACCAGAGCGGUUGAAUAGUUUAACAAGAUGGUUUUAACAUUGGAAGCUGAGGUGAAGUAUCACAUGGGUGGAAACAUUUGAGAGCAGAUUUUGGUUUUAGCUUUACAAAUCUGUGAGCCAUCAACAUGUCCCUUAUUUGGACCUAAAGUGGCGCUGACCUGUGCUGUAAGGGUGCGCGAGUGUUUGCUACCAACUAAAGAGCCUUUUGAAUUCAGUGAUUUUGUGUCAUGUUAGCUGUGUGAGCCGAGAAAGAAAGGUAUGGUAGGGCAAACUCUGCAGCAUCAGCAACUUCAUGUUGAAUCUGACUGGUGUACAUGAGUGAGGAAUGAAAUGUAAAUACUUUGAGUUGUAAAUGUUUACAUAUAAAUAUUUAUAAUAAGAAAAAAAGAAAAAGUAUGAGUAAGAUAAUCUGUGCCAUUUUUUUCUUGAGGGUUGGCAGAGCUGUCAGCUUUAGAUUGGACUUUUUGUCCCUUAAUCUCCUCGCUGUAUCUACUAUACAAAUGUUCAGAUGUAUACGCCUGUUUUGUGAACAGGGUAUUUAGAAUAAACAUAUUUCUUGUAAGUGACUUGUAAGUGAAAUAUAAGGCCAUAGAAACAUACGAUGUGUAUUAAUGGAAGUGAAAAAUUUUAUAAUUAUUUCAUGGGAAGAGGGAAAUCUAACAAUACUCUUCUGUCAGGAAACUAGCUAACGUACAUUGAGCAAAAGAGACCCCCCCCCCCCCCCAAGAAAAAUAAAAGUUGUUUCAGAAAAUGCACACAUAGGGUGUCAGGGUGGUUAAUGGGACAACAAAAUGUCUGAAUUUGUUUCCUAUUUCCACCAAGUAGUUUUUAUGAUUCAACCUAAGCUAACCUUACUCAAUGCGAUGUAAACUCAGAAAACAGUUGUAUAUUUGAAAUGGUGACAGUUUUGCAAAGCACUCGUAAAUAGUGUCUGGAAAUAGUGGAGCUAGGCCAGAUCAGACAUGGACUAGCAAAGUAUUUUAUCGUUUCAUUUGGAGGAUUCGUGGAACUUUUAGACUCUUAAAGACUGUUUCUUCACCAACAAGGUUUCACUCACCCAAGAAGCAGAAGCAGCAGCUUCCCAAGACGUCUGUGUACUGCAGCUACUUGUGUUUGGUAGAACUGAGUUGAUGAUUUUCAUUCCAUCUCAAAAGGCAGCAAUUUUCUUUCCUACACGUGUGCAGGAAAAGGUUGUUAACCUAGUGACAUAUUAUUUUGUGGUCCAUAGUGGCCACACCCACCCAUCUGAUACUUGAAGUUUGCUAAAAAUCACUGCUAAGGAUGAUUUGCAAUUUUAUUUUGACCCAGGUCAGCGCAUGAGCCCUGGAUGUUUAAGAUUACAGUAAAAAAAAACAAAGAAAACAAACAAACAAACAUUAAAAACAGGGUCGUUUUGUACCAAUUCAGAACCCAAACUGUGCUGAUGAACUGCAUCAUUCUUAAUGUACAUUAAAUGAACUGUUGUCAUUGAGAAGUGCUGUGCAUGCUCCAAACCCUUUAUCUGUGCUAUGAUGGCUUUGACACUGUGCUCAGUGAUCUGUCACAAUGAAACGACGCAGGUGCUCAGACUGAAGAUGUCAUUUAACCAAAAGGGAAACUUUGAACAGCGUGUCCACCGAGAACUUCUGUCGAGACUGGUGGCAUUUAACCAUUUGUCACUUGAUUUGUUGACAGAGUUGCAAUAUCCAAACUAAACAGGUAACACGCCCUCGGAGUCUCGGCCUCGGAAAGGAAAUUAUGUAGCAGUGUGUACAAAUAUACACCGUUCCAUGUUUUUUGAGACUGUAAACAAAGUGAGGGACCAAAUUCGUCAAGUCUUAAGGUGGAGGUUUGCACAGAACGGUUUAUUCGAACCCACACCCUCCUACUACUGCAGGAUUUCCAUCCACUCCCGCCCGCUCCUGUAGAGAUUUUGAUCGCUUCCACCCACAUCACUGUUUUCUGUUGAAAAUCCUCCUCAUCCCACGGGGGAAUCAACACACAUUUAACCCUGAAGGAUUUUUUUUCUAAUCUGAAGAAAUGCAAAUCCACUUGUGCACUGUUUAAAAAGCCAACUGUUAAAGACUUGACCUGAAAACAAGCAUUGCCAAAAGAUGUUGAAGCAGAUGAAACAUUAUGGAUCACAAACCAGAUUAUGGAAUGUCACACUUCAGCAGUGAUGGUGUUAUUCAAAAAGGUUUCAUCUGUAGCAUUCACAGUAUGUAAAAGGUGUGUUGAGCAGAUUUGCCUUUCGGAAUGUCAUUUAAUUUUAAUAAUAAGUUAAAUUAAAGUUAAUUUUAAGAUGCCAACCACUUUGAAAAGAGAUAAAGUAAAUGGAUAAGUUUGGCUCACUGGAUUUCUCUAAAACUGUUUAGCAAAUGUCAGUGAAAUUUGACAGAUGUUCAGGUCUUAGGUGAUUUUUGGUGCAAUUACUGGCACCAAUUUAAAAGCCUUGUUUUUUGUGUUAUGUCAGUAUUCUCAACAGUGCAAUAAGAUUAGAGUACUUAUAUCUGAUAUUAAAGAGCAAAUUAACUAAAACUAGCUGACUAAACUUUUUAAUUGGUUUAACUUUUCACCUUUCUGCUGCGAUGCAGAACUGUACUCCAGGGUGUGUCAGUACACCGUGACAUCCCCGAAAAUGAUUAGAGUGUCUUUAAAACAGGUUUAUGUUGUUUAACAGGUUAUUCAACAACCUGCUUCAAACGUACUUUCAUUCAAGCAUAUUUUGAAAGUCACCAGUUUAGGCAGAAGUGCCACGUGGAUACAAAAGCUUAAAAGAAAAUAAUGACAAUUCUUUGAUUAUGAACGUUAAUAAUGUUGGUUUUAUUCAUGCAAGUGUUUUGCAGCAGUUGCAUGAUAUUCUGUGUUUUUGCCUUUUUUUAUUACUGUUGGUAUAUGGCUGUCAAUGUGUCAUUUUCUUGUAAAAUCUAAUGUAAAUUAUGUCAAGAGAUGACAACAAAAAACGACAAGCUUAAAUCUUUUUCUUUUUAAAUGUGCUAUAUUUUUCUUUUACAUGCUGUAUUUAAUUGUUGCCACAAACAUUUCUGGUUGCACUUGACUUAAGACAUACAGAAAAAGUUUAUUUUGAGCAGACACAUUACAUUACAGUCAUAUUACUGAUUAUCUAUUCACUAUCCAUAAAACAAUACUCCCUCCUGAUCUUUAAGUGACAAAAGACUAAACCCACUUACUGUCCGAAAUAUGUGCCAUAAGUUUUAUUUUAUUUUUUGUAAUUUUGUGUUAGUGUUGGUCCCAUUUUAAAUGAAUUUUAUUUAAAAAUGACAAAAAUAAUGACAACAAUAAUCAAUUUAAUACAGAACUCCUAAACAAACUUGCAACUCUAAUAUAUACUACAUUAACUAAGAGCCAAACCCCACUGUGCUGUAAAAGCCUAUUACUAAACACAGGUCUGGACGAAUAAGACCUACUUAUUAAAGUUGUUGUCCAGAAUCUGCUUCAUAGAAUCAGGUGGAGCAAAAUAAGGAAAAACGUUUUGCUAAAUUUGGUCAUUUUUGAGAAUCCUGGAAUCUCCUGGUUUUAAAGAUAUACUUGAGUAUCAUCUGCAUAACAGCAAUCAUUUUGUAUUAUCAAAGGUUCAGGCAAUGAGAUUUUAAUAUAAUAAAUACAAAUAUUCAUAUUUAAGAAGCUGAAACCAGGAAAUGUUUUCACAUUUUUGCUUAAAUAGACUUUUAACAAUUCAUCGUUUUUCAAAGUGAUGCAGAUUCAUUUUCUGUCAGUCAACAAAUGAAUUAAUCAAAAAAUUAUUUCAGCUCUAAAUUCCAUUUUUGCCUGGGUGAAUUUUAAAGAUGGUGUCAAACUUGUCAAGGUACUCAAACAAAUAUAUUCAUGUAUAAGAAAUACGACGAAAAAAAACCACCUUUCUCAUAGCUGCCAUGCAAAUAUCAAACAUUAUAACCCAACACAGCUGUAUGCCUUAAGGAAAGUGUUACCAAAUAUCUUACAAAAAAGAUGUCACCAUGUUACUCAAUGUAUCAUUAAGACGUCUAUGUAACUAUAAGUGGUUGAGAGUAUACAAAACACUGUAGACCAUAUACAACACACACACACAGUGUUGGCUUGUCGCGUGAUUUCAUACUUAAUGUGGACUGACAUGAUGCUGAGUAUCGUGUCUUUGUGUAUUUGUAUUGAGACACCAUGAAUGUGAUGCAAAAGAUGAUUGAUAAAGGCUGUCUUUGUAAGCUU